AUGAAUUUGCGUCUCAGGAACAUCUUGCGGGGUUCUGACAAACCAUGGACGAAAGGAAAUUAUUAUACCGAUAUUUUGGCGUCUCUUGAAAGGUCAGACAACCCGACAAGCGAUGACUACGUUCUUUACUCGCGCUUCCUCUGCACCGCCGAUGAAGACUUCCUAAUUUGGGUAGACAAGUAUGAGGACUACUACAGAGAGAGGAUCGAAUAUGCUCUUGAAUCUCUGGGAAAACCAACAACUGAAGACUACGUUCUCAACUCGCGCUUUGCUUGCGAUCUUUGGGGUGACACCGUAUGGUUCAGGGAUGAAUGCCCUAAGAAGUGUAUGAAGGGCCCUCAGGGUGAGGGCGAUGAUAUCUGUAUUGAAGAUUGA